AACCCACAAUAGCUUAAAUCAACAGUGUUGUUUGAACAAAGUAUUUUCGGAUAUGUAAGCUUCAAGACUGGAUUUUGUUAACGGAUAUGGUGCUUUAUGUUUUUUUCAGUUUUUGUCUUUGGCUUUUGUGUGGUGUUUCUGGUGUUCAAGCAGAAGAAACAGAGAUGAAAUCAGUGACUGAGGGAGAUUCUGUCACUUUAAACACUGGUGUUACUGAAAUAAAAAGCAAUGAUCAGAUACUGUGGUCAUUUAGGUUUAAUAAUACAGAGACUCGUAUAGCUGAAAUCUAUAAACAGAAAAACUAUACAUAUGAUAAUGAGAAUGAGAGAUUCAGACACAGACUACAGUUAGAUGAGAAGACUGGAUCUCUGACCAUCACAAACAUCAGCAAAAUACACUCUGGACUUUAUAAACUAAUGAUCAUCAGUGGAGAUAACACAUACAAGACUUUCAAUAUUGAUGUCAAUGGUAUUCUGGCAGUUCCUGUCGUUAUCAGAAAUUUACCAAGUUUAGCUUCAUCAGGAUCCUCAAACCAGCAUUGUUCAGUGUUGUGUUCAGUGGUGAAUGUGAGCGCUGUGAGUCUCUCCUGGUACAAAGGAAACAGUGUAUUGUCCAGCAUCAGUGUGUCUGAUCUCAGCAUCAGUCUUUCUCUACCUCUGGAGGUGGAAUAUCAGGAUAAAAACACCUACAGCUGUGUGAUCAACAACACCAUCACAAACCACACCACACAUCUGGACAUCAGUCAAUCCUGUCAGUCAAGAUCAGAAUCCAGAACUUCACUUCAUCUCCUGGUUGUUUUGCUGCUGCUGUUUUUAAUCACAGUUACAAUCGUGACAAUAUUCUGUCACCACAAAAAGCAUGUAAAACAAAAAGCUCAGACCAAUGAGGAAGAUAUCGAUUAUACUGAACCAACACUUAUUCCACAUGGAGAUCAGGAUACGAGAGCUGAAGAACAGGAACAGACGGUGUAUUCAGAAGUCUUUUUGAAAUGCUGAUCAUGUAAAGUUGUAAUAUUAUACAUUUUAACACAGGUUUGAACAUGUUGAAGCUCAAAACCCUUGUUUCUACAAAUGGCUGAAAUUCACAUUUAAGAAACCUUUAUUGUCUGAAGAUUUCACAAAUAUUAAAAUGACAAUCCACUUUCAGGAACUGUGAUGUGUAGUAUACAACACAGUAAAACAAAAUGUAAAGAAAAAAAAACUUGCAGGUAUUGAUGCCUUAAAGAUAAAAAUAUCUUGUAAUAAUUUAAGUUGAUUUAGCAAAGAAACACAACAUUUUUGUUUAAACCUGUUUUAGGGUUUACAUUUAAUUCCAAUUCUGUGUUUUGCUGUGCUAUGACUCCCUCUGCAGGACAAAGAGCUAAACUGGGGAUAAGAUUAAAAAAAAAUGUAUUGCUGCUUUUAUAAAAAAAUCAGUUCAACUUGAUGUAAACUGUUAAUAGUUUUACAUUUUUGCAUACAUACAUGCAUACGUACAUGCAUACAUAUUUAGUCUGUUGUUAAAAAUAAAAUUACAUUUUGAAACUCUCUCACCGCUUACUGUCUCUCCGUGGUAAAGUCCAGAUGCUAGAGAACUGACCAGGUGAACACAAUUUACAUUGCAUCUGAAAUUAUUUGUGUUGUCUGAAGGCUACAAUGCUAUUUUCUCAACUAGCAUACGUGAAUACACAAAUGUAAAAAUACAUACACUGCACGAUUGAGAGAAACGAAAAGCUUGAUUUGCAGACUGUGACUUUUAAGUGACUGUCUUACUGAUCCCAUUUAAAUUGGAUCAUCAAAAACAUCUUAAAGGGUUAAUUAACCCCAAAAUGAAACUUGAUCCUCACUAUUUACAUACAAAAUCAAGUGGUUAUAAACGUUUAUAAAAGCCGUUCUUCUGAUUAAAGAAUUUAGAUUUUUUUGUGAACUAUCCCUUUAGUAAAGACCAAAAAGGGAUGAAGACCAAAAACAAUGAAUCUUUAAAAGCAAACUCAUGAAUAUGUAGAUAUUUACCAAAUGUGAAAACAUUUCAAAUAUUCAAUAUUUUUAGGAUGAGUUUGAUCACCGGUCUUCUGACUCUGAGGCUCCCUCUGCUGACCGUUUGUGAAACUCAAUCUAUGUAAAAAAAAAAAAA